UGCCCAGACGGGGUAGCUACUGCGGGUUCCGCCGCCUAGGGAACGUCGCGCACUGGGAUCCUCAUUACGCUGCUGCGGGCGGGGGGCGGCGGCGGUCGGUGGUGGUGGUGGCUGCGGCCGUGAUGCUGAGUUCCCGGGCGCAGGCGGCGAGGACGGCGGCCGACAAGGCCCUCCAGCGCUUCCUGCGCACCGGGGCGGCCGUCAGAUAUAAAGUCAUGAAGAACUGGGGAGUGAUAGGCGGAAUUGCAGCUGCUCUUGCAGCAGGAAUAUAUGUUAUUUGGGGUCCCAUUACAGAAAGGAAGAAGCGGAGAAAAGGGCUGGUGCCUGGGCUUGUCAAUUUAGGGAACACCUGCUUCAUGAACUCGCUGCUACAGGGAUUGUCUGCCUGCCCCGCCUUCGUCAAGUGGCUGGAAGAAUUUACCACCCAGUACUCCAGGGACCAGCAGGGACCACAUACACACCAGUGCCUGUCCUUGACACUGCUGAACCUCCUGAAAGCUUUGUCCUGCCAAGAAGUCACCGAGGAUGAGGUCUUGGAUGCAAGCUGCCUUCUGGAUGUCUUGAGAAUGUACAGGUGGCAGAUCUCUUCCUUUGAAGAACAGGAUGCCCACGAGUUAUUCCAUGUUAUCACCUCAUCACUGGAAGACGAGCGGGACCGCCAGCCUCGCGUCACUCAUUUGUUCGAUGUCCAUUCCCUGGAGCAGUCAGACUUGACUCCCAGACAAGUCACCUGCCACACAAGAGGGUCUCCUCACCCCACGUCCAAUCACUGGAAGUCUCAACACCCUUUCCAUGGAAGACUCACUAGUAACAUGGUGUGCAAACACUGUGAGCACCAGAGUCCUGUUCGAUUUGAUACCUUUGACAGUCUUUCCCUCAGUAUUCCAGCUGCCACUUGGGGACACCCACUGACCCUGGACCACUGCCUUCAUCAUUUCAUCUCCUCUGAGUCAGUGCGGGACGUUGUGUGUGACAACUGCACAAAGAUUGAAGCAAAAGGAACACUGAAUGGGGAAAAGGUGGAACACCAGAGGACCACUUUUGUUAAACAGUUGAAGCUAGGCAAGCUGCCCCAGUGCCUCUGUAUCCAUCUCCAGCGGCUCAGCUGGUCCAGCCAUGGCACGCCCUUGAAGCGGCACGAGCACGUGCAGUUUAACGAGUUCCUAAUGAUGGACUUCUACAAGUACCGCCUCCUGGGACACAAACCCAGUCAGCAUGGCCCCAAAGCCAGUGAGAACCUAGGGUCUGCCCUGGAACUACAGGACACACAAGCGGCCCCGAAGCCAGGUCUGAGUCAGCCAGGAGCCAAGACACAGAUUUUUAUGAAUGGCGCCUGCUCGCCAUCUUUGUUGCCAGCCCUGCCUUCCCCGAUGGCCUUCUCUCUGCCGGUGGUUCCUGACUACAGCUCCUCCACAUACCUGUUCCGCUUGAUGGCAGUUGUCGUCCACCAUGGAGACAUGCACUCUGGACACUUUGUCACCUACAGACGGUCGCCACCUUCAGCCAAGAACCCUCUCUCAACCAGCAACCAGUGGCUGUGGAUUUCUGAUGACACUGUCCGCAAGGCCAGCCUGCAGGAGGUCCUGUCUUCCAGCGCCUACCUGCUGUUCUAUGAGCGAGUUCUGUCCAGGGCGCAGCAGCAGGGGCGGGAGUACAGGGCUGAGGAGUGACAGGCCAGCCCAGAGCCAGGCCCAUGGUGAGGGCCACAUCCAGGUUAAAAGAAGGCAUGCCACGUGUCUACGUGCGAGCCAGCCCCUCCAGAGCCCCUCAGCCUUCUGUGUUUUCUGAGAGCAGGCUCCACACAGGAACCAGUCUUCGCAGCGCUGCCAGGGUGUACCAGAAGGUGUCCUCGUGAGGACAGCAUCCAUUGUGUCUAGAGCAUCUUACUCAUCUGACACAGGUCAUUAAAGAAACCGACUCCAGGAGCCACCCUUGCUAUACUGUAAUAUGCUAGGUGUUCUCAGAGGGCAUUGCCUUUGUUUGAUCCCCUGACAUUUCAGCAUAGAUGUUUAUUUUUAAUAAGGAGGCCCGUAAAUAUUAUUGGCAAGACUUAGUGACAUUAUUAAAGGCAACAAUUCAGAAGAACAAGUGCCUUUCCCUUCUGGUUGUUCUGAGAACAGGCAUGACCUAAGAUUCACAGGCACAAUGUUGGGAAAGCCCUCGUCCUUCCAAGUUCCUUGGAGGUCAAAAGAACAGCAUGGUGGUUCACACCUGGAGUCCCAGCACUCAGAUGCUGGGGCAGGAGGAUCACUGCAAGUUCCUGGCCAGCCUGAGCUACAUAAUAAAACCUUGUCUCCUCCCAAAAA